CUGUCAUUAAGAAAAGUAAAAAUAUUUGCGAAAAUUUUGGAAAUUUUUAAUUUUAACACUUAACGUAAGAUAUAAACAGUAGACAUGAGCGAUGUACAGACGCUAAUGGACAUGGGCUUCCCGCGGGAGCGCGUUGAAUAUGCUUUGCAGAUAACAAGCAAUAAUGGGGUUGAAAUGGCCAUGGAAUGGCUGCUGGCCCAUGUAGAUGAAGAGAUACCACCUGCAGCUGCUGCCGCGCCUGCUGCUGGUUCACCACCAGCUACAGCUGCCUCCACUGAUGAACCAGCAACAAGCAGCAGUGACGCUGUCGUGGCCAAGUCUCUAAAAUGCGAUGAGUGCGGCAAGGUGCUCAAGGAUCAAACAGAAGUCGAAUACCAUGCGGCCAAGACGGGUCACAGCAAGUUCUCCGAAUCCACAGAGGAGAAGAAGCCACUUACUGAAGAGGAGAAGAAGGCACAGCUGGCGCUGAUUGAGGAGAAGCUCAAGCAAAAGCGUAUAGAGCGCGAAGAGCGUGAAAAAGUGGAAUCUUUGGAACGUGAACGUAAUCGCAUACGCUCUGGCAAGGAUAUGACAGAGGCUCGGCGCCGCAUGGAGGAUGUUGAAAUGAAAAAGAUUCUAGAUCAGCGGAAGCGUGAAAAGGAUGAAGAGAAAGCGGCUCGAGAUCGCGUGCGCGCUCAGAUUGAGGCUGACAAAGCUGCCCGCAAAGCCAGGGAACAGCCGGCGGCUUCAGCAGAGCCAAUGCCGUCAGUUAGCUCCACUACGGCUAGCUCACCUUCAGGUGUGAAGUCGCCGCCGCGGGAUUAUACAGAGACACGCAUUCAGGUGCGCCUGCAGGAUGGCUCUACGCUUGCUUCUGAAUUUAAUGUGAAGGAACCGCUUUCAGCUGUGCGUGUGUUCAUACAAGUGAAGACCGGCAUUGAGACACCUUUUGCCUUGAUGACCACAUUUCCACGCAAGCUCUUUGCCGAUGAGGACUAUGAGAAGCCGCUAGAGGUGCUAGGCCUAGUGCCCUCAGCUGUCAUUAUUAUGACAAAGCCUACCGCAUAAGCUUGCACACUAAAAACUCAAACAUUUAUAUAACCUUCACUUAUUUAUAAUAAACGUGGCCCUGCAUAGGGGGCU